AUGUUGUCGCGAGCACGUAAGGUCGACGCCGCGAAUGCGUCUGAUCUCUACAAAAAUAUAAAAAUUAAAGCCCUAAGAGAUCAGCGCUCCGUCUGCGCGGACGCAAUUGAAUGCGACGAAGCGAUCAUAAAAGCAGGUUCCUUCACAAGCGAGGCGCGCUAUGAAGACAGUCACGAUAGUCAGACGAGUACAACAGAAGCUCACCGCGUCGCCAAGAAACUCGGCGCCAGCGACGCGAGCUUACGACUCGACGCAGCAUGUAAUGCCAGUCACCAAAAUUACAGUUUAUCUACAGUUUCAAGGCGACGUCGGAAGGAACCGCGUCAGCGUCGACAGCGAACCACGUUCACCAGCGAACAGACGCUCAGUCUCGAGCUAGAGUUUCACAGGGCCGAGUACGUGUCGCGGGCGCGCAGGUUUGAGCUGGCCGAGACGCUGGACCUCACAGAGACUCAGAUAAAGAUCUGGUUCCAAAACCGCCGCGCGAAGGACAAACGUAUUGAGAAAGCCCAAAUUGAUCACCAGAUAAGGUAG